AUGAGGGGGCAUUGGUUUGAGUCCGUCCAGUUUGGAAGCGGAGGGCAGACGGCGGAACAGGAGGUGUGUGCGGUGACCAGUUCUGGACGAGCAGAGCAGAUCCUCACCUGCAGCUGGGACGGCCUCCUCCGCCUGCUCCAGAUCUCAUGUGGAUGCGACAAGAAGCAGCAGACGGCAGCAACAGGAGGAACGCUAAAACCUCAGCUGUUCAGGCAGAGACAACGAGGCGACUGCUGA